AUGAGUGAUAAUUUGAUGGAGAAAGUGACUGCCCUCGGGGAGCGUCUCAAGAUCGGUGGGGCUGAGGUCACCCGGAAGAUGAGCGCCGGCAUGAGCUCCGUGAGCUUCAAGGUCAAGGAGCUUUUCCAGGGACCCAACCAAGCCGACAAGUUCGUCGAAGAUGCCACUUCGGAAAAUCUCGACGAGCCUGACUGGGCCAUGAAUCUGGAAAUUUGUGACAUGAUUAAUCACGAAAGGAUUAAUAGCGUCGAGUUGGUUCGGGGUGUAAAGAAGCGGAUCAUGAUGAAGAGUCCGAGGAGUCAGUUCUUGGCCUUGGUUUUGCUAGAAACUUGUGUCAAGAACUGCGAGAAAGCAUUCUCAGAGGUUGCGGCUGAGAGAGUUCUUGAUGAGAUGGUGAAGCUUAUUGAUGAUCCCCAGACUGUGGUUAACAAUCGGAACAAAGCUUUGACGUUGAUUGAAGCAUGGGGAGAGUCAACCAGUGAGCUCCGCUAUCUUCCUGUUUAUGAGGAAACAUACAAGAGCUUAAAAUCAAGGGGCAUCCGAUUCCCUGGCCGUGACAAUGAGAGUCUGGCACCGAUCUUUACCCCUCCUCGGUCAGCCACGGCUCCAGAAGAAGAUUUUGAUCUUGCUCAACAGGUGGAGCUUGAAGUCCCUGUCCAGACCUUUUCCGCAGAACAGACGAAGGAAGCAUUUGAUGUUGCAAGAAACAGCAUAGAGCUUCUCACGACAGUUUUAUCCUCUUCGCCCGAACAAGAUGCUUUGAAGGAUGACUUGACGAUCACGCUGUUACAACAGUGUCGUCAGUCACAAUAUACUGUCCAGAGGAUCAUCGAGACUGCUGGAGAUAAUGAGGCUCUGCUAUUUGAAGCCUUGAAUGUGAAUGAUGAGAUCCAGAAAGUGCUCCUCAAGUAUGAAGAGCUGCAGAAACCCGCAGUUGCUGCAGCUGGACCUCAGCCUGCGAUGAUACCAGUUUCCGUUGAGCCUGAUGAGUCGCCUGCCCUUGCAAAAGAAGAUGCCCUGAUUAGAAAGCCGGCCGGAUUUCGAGGUGGGGCCCAUGGAGGGAGCAACGAUGACAUGAUGGAUGAUCUGGAUGAGAUGAUCUUUGGGAAGAAGACCGGCGGGUCAUCAGAUGGAGCGCAAGAUUCAAAGAAACCUCAAUCGAAAAAGGACGACCUUAUCACCUUUUAAGAUGGUUUUAUAGGGACAGUAGGCCUUUCGAUUAUUGUCGAUAUUUGUUCGUGUAGCUACUCUGAAGGAUGGGUGGGGAGGAAAACCGAGUUUGCUCGAACGGUCGAUACCUUUCAUAUACAGGACAGUCACAUGUCUUUACGGUUGGAUUACUUUUGCAUGUUAUUUUUAUGUGAUUCAUCUGUGUAUCGGAGUACAUAAAGUGUUUGCCUUUUGAUUUCCGGACCAUGUGAAGAUUGUUAUAUAUUAUGAUAUGGUUUAGAA